AUGCCAAGGCUCGGCGUGGAUCCCGAGUACCGGUUAGGCGAAGAGUUAAACCUACCUAGUGGUUUGCGCUCUCGUUCCAGAUCGCCACACUCAUACGUCGGGUACAUAUCGAAGGAAGAGCAAGAAUGGCAAGAUCAUCAGUUGGCUAUGCGUCUUCAAGAGGAGGCUGAUCGGGAGAAUCUCGCUCUUGCUGAGGACACGCUAGCUCCGGAUCAAAUAGCUGCAAUCCUAGGGACAUCUUUCGAUAUUCCGUCGAGAAGACAUGAACAAGAACAGAACGACGACAAUGAUAUCACGAUCCUUAGCGCAGGAAGUUCUCCCAGUUCAGUGACAUCUUCAAAUUCUCCUCCACCUACAUUGUCAAGAUCUGAAGAAGAAAUGUAUGACGGGGAACUGACCCUUGUAACAGAACACAAUGAAGAAGAUGAUAUUGAUGGUUCUGAUGGAUCCGGUGACGUUAGCAACUCUGAAGAAGACGACGAGGAAAGCGACGAUAAUCUCGUAGAAGAGCAAUCUGACGACGAUAGUGGUGAAGAGGAAAUGCAUGGUUCUGAGGAUGAUGCAAUAUCGGAGUCAGACGAUAGUGAUGGCAGUGAACAGUCGGAAAGCUCUGAUUCGGAGUCAUCCGAUAGCAGUGACGACGAAGAUCCGUUGGGUCCGUUAGGAGCAUUCAACAACAUUUUAGGCGCAAGUUUGGGAAUCAUCGGAAUUGAUUUAUCUCUAUCGGACUUGGAACAAGUGUUUGAAAGUCAUCAGCGUGAAGCUCCUAGAGAAUCACACCAGGAUUCUGAUGAGGACGAUGAGCCAGAUGACACUGUAAUAAGGAGUGGUGACUAUGGAAGAUGUACAAUUUGUUUCGAAGAGGUGCCGUAUGAUCCAGUGGGAUGCCUAUAUUGUCAACAAUUAAUAGGAUGUCGAAGAUGUGUGAAUCGUUGGUACAAGGCUGCUCGUCGUGCUGAUGACGUACAAGUUGACUUUUUGGGAGGGCAUCCUCCAUCGAAUCACAAACAAUGUCCAUUAUGUAGACACGAAUGGCCUGAGCAAGUGGAAGCCACUAGUAUUUUUCUUCUCAAAGAUGAUUAA